CAGACCUCUGGACCCAAACUGCUCCCAUCUGUCUCUAUCGAUUUAGUGUCAGGCUGUCAGUCGUCAAGUUUCCUCAGGAUUUUCAAGUUGAAAUUUAGUGAUUGAACCGAACAUACAGCUGGACAGUGGCUAAUAUACAUCGCUGCUUCAGAUAUCUGCUGGACUCUGAGGAUCCGCUCUGAAGGAGGCCGAGUGCCUUGCUUAAAGGCCGCACAACAGAGGAAGGCGAACAUCCAUCACUGUAAACUUCACUCGAGUUCGUCUCAGGCUAAUUCAGAAGUUCCUGCCUCUGUAUCCUAAACCAGGUGGAUCUUGUACCUGCAGAGUGACAGCUGUGAAAUCAACAUUUGCAGAGUUGAAAUAAACCUUUGCUGAGCUGUAAUCGGUCAUGGCAGACUGGAGCCUUCUGGGAAACUUCCUGGAGGAAGUACAGGAGCACUCUACCUCUGUUGGCAAGGUAUGGCUGACCAUCCUGUUUAUCUUUCGUAUCCUGGUGCUGGGGACGGCGGCCGAGUCUUCGUGGGGAGACGAACAGGAAGAUUUCGACUGCGACACUGAGCAGCCAGGCUGCGAGAACGUCUGUUACGACAAAGCUUUCCCUAUAGCUCAUAUACGAUACUGGGUUCUCCAGAUUGUGUUCGUGUCCACGCCAAGUCUGAUCUACAUGGGCCACGCCAUGCACACUGUUCGCAGAGAGGAGAAGAGAAAGAGCCGAGAGGAGGAAGAGGGAGAUGGGGGUGGGGGAGAGGAGGACCCAGGAGGAGGUGAAGGCGGAGGAGGAGGGGGAGAGAAACAGGGGGGAAAGGGAGAGAACGAGAGAAGAAAGGAAAAAAAUGAAGGCUCAUCGGCAGGUCGAGUUCGCCUGAAGGGAGCGCUGCUGCAGACCUACAUACUGAGUAUACUGAUACGCACCGUCAUGGAGGUGGUGUUCCUGUGUCUCCAAUACUUCCUGUAUGGAAUCUUCCUCAAUCCUCUGUAUGUCUGCAAGGCCUGGCCUUGUCCGCAUCCUGUUAACUGUUACGUCUCAAGGCCAACAGAGAAGAAUGUCUUCAUAGUGUUCAUGUUGGUUGUGUCGGCUGUGUCUCUGGCUCUCAGUGUGCUUGAACUGUAUCACCUGGCAUGGAGACACUGUUGCAGGAAAUUCCUCAUGGUAAAGGUCAUCACUCCUGCCGAAGCCCGUCUCGGCCGACAACUCUCUCUGUCACCUCCACCACCAUCAACCCCACCUCCGGAUUUCAGCCAGUGUGUCACUGGCUCCUCGCACUUUCUACCCCCACCUUUCCCCAGCCACCGGCUUGCCAACCAACAAAACUCCGAGAACAUGGCUACAGAGAAGAACAAAAUGGCCGCCGCUGUGGAAGAAGUGAACUUCCUCCAGAUGAGCUGUUAUUCACAGAUCCAGGACGGCAGAUACCUGAGGAACGGCCCCGAUGGGCUGCUGCUGAAAGACAAACGAAGAUUCAGUAAAACCAGCGGCAGUAGCAGCCGGACGAGAGCGGACGACCUCUCCGUUUAGAAACUAGUCGGAUUCACCCAACACAACGUGCACAUAAUACGCUCAGUCUCAUAUCUCAGCCAGCUGUCAGAAUCAGAACCAUGUAGCAUAGUUGCUGUCUGUGAUUGAGGAGACUUUGUUUUUCUGUUUUGACAAGAAUCUCUGCAAUGUCAUUACUUUCUCAAUUAUUUUCUUUUGACAUUAUAUGGCUUUCAAAGUUUGGCUCUAGCUAAAACCAGCAAAGGAAGGAGCAAGACACCAAGAGACACCAAAUCAGCGCGGGAGUUUUGCUUGUUCAUGAGACAUUCAUUUGGUUACCAUCCUGGAUGGAGAGCUAUGGGUAGUCUGGACUGAAUAACCUACAAAAGCAUUUUCCUUCUUCCUCUUUUUAUUUACCACUGUGUCUUAACUGUGCAGCACAUGCAAUGAUUUUAUUCGCUGAACAGCUUUUUGUGCACAGUGGCAGCGACUCAGACUCGAGACUUGAUCUGAAUCUUUAUGAGUCACACGCUUUUAAUUUGUCAUCACCAGCCAGCGUGGACAAGGCAUCAAAUCUCACAUCGCAUUCACAGUCGCCUCAGAAGUCAUAGUUUGUGUCUGAGCCUUAACAAGCGCAACAAUAGUGGCUUAAAGUUUGCACUAAACUCCAGACAAAUGUGCUUUUUAAAGCAGUGCACAAAGAGUCCAUGCAUAAUUGUCUGGUUGGUAAUGUUUGACAUCAUCUAACGUCAGACAGCUCUUAAAACAGCACUUACUGUGAUUUUACACAAUAAAAUUUCAAAUGUAUAGUAGGGCAUCUCUCCUUUCAAGCUGAAACAGUGCCCUAAUAUAGAUAUGAAAAUUUGCACUGCAUUCACUGUGAUGUGCAACGUUCACUUUUACAGUUGUGGAAGCACAUAUUGCAGGAAUGUUUUAUGAUAAAUCACCAGUGGAAAGUGUUUUUUUUUAUAUAUAUAACAGUGAUUGCAGAUCAUUCUGAAAGAUGAGCAAUUACUGCAACACCUGACCUUGUUAGUCUACUCCAGUUUUUUUUUUAAUUUUCUGUGUAUGGCAAGCACUUUUAACAUGAUCAGAUGUGUCCAAUGAACUUGUGAUCAGUCAUAAAUUGGAUAUAUUCUUGGAAUAAUCACUUAAAAUGUCCUUAUAAAGAUAUAACCAUGUACCAUUGUGUAAAACUUCAAAUCAAUCAAUCUUCAGUUUAGCUCUGAUUGCGUUUUAAGAUUGUUUUAAAGCAGGACAUGCUUAAUUGAUACGUUAAGAUAUCUAAGUUUUUUGAGACAUGACUGAUUUGCAGCUCUUGAAUCUACCCAGGAAAUAACAACUGAGCCUUUGAUUUGUGGAAGUCACAACACCGAGGCCUUUCAUCCAACGUUUUACCUGAGGACUGAGCCACCAGGACUUCAUUUUGCACUGGAACUUGACUGGUGUGAUUCUGUGUAGCUGCUCAGUCAUGAUUUUUACUCUAUAUACUAUGUAUUUAUACUUUGAGACAUUUGUCCACCUAUUUUUUUCACACCAGCAUGUUGUUUUUAAAAUCUUUUUAAACGACAAAUGUAUCAUCUAUGUUCCAAAGUGUGUCAGUUUGGGACACUAUUGGGUAGAUUUUAUGGCACUGUAUUGUGGAUUUUAUCAUUUUGACUAAAGCACAAGGGGCUACAGCCUCUACAGUCUGAAACUACUACCACUGUAGAUUUUGUGGGUUUUUUAUAUAUUAUAUAUAUAUAUAAUAGCAGACAAAAGGAUAUCAAACACCACUUCAAUAUGUAUUGUUAGAUGACUGCUUCUAUUGGUGAAAACUUAAAAUUGUUUGAUAUAUAUUAUAUUUACUUGAAUAAUGUAAAUAAAACUACAAAUAAAACGGU